AUGAAAUUCGUCAUUGUUUUCGUUGCUCUCUUCGCCGUCGCCAUGGCCAACUCCGACCAAGAUGCCCAGAUCGUGCGUUUGGACUCGAAUGUAGAGCCACUGAACUACGAAUAUGCCCAAGAAACCAGCAAUGGCAUCAGAUCAGAAGAAUCUGGAAAGAUCAAGAACUUGGGCACCGAACAGGAAGCUAUCUCCGUCCAAGGCUCAUACUCUUACACCGGUGAUGAUGGUCAAGUUUACACCGUCAACUACAUCGCUGAUGAGAACGGUUUCCAACCCCAAGGUGCCCAUAUUCCAGUUGCUUAA